AGGAGGCGAGGGGAGAGGCGGCCAGGCGCGCACCUAGGGAAGCCUUCUUGUGUGCAGUCUCUAAGAGCGAGGGAGCGAGCGAGCGAGGAGGGCGGGCGGCAGCCAGCCGGAGACGAGGAGCGGCGUGGGGAGGAGAGCCGACCGCCGACACUCGGGGAGGAGGAGCCGGGCUCUGCUCCGGGAGACCUGAGCCCGGCGCGAGGCGUCCGCGCAGCGCAGGGUCUGACCCCCUGCGCGCGGAGCAUGAGUCGGCGCCCGGCUGGAGAGCGGCGGGGGGAGACGGCCUCGGCGCACCCCUGAGGCGCUGGGCUGGGGCUGGGACACCGUGCGCCCGGGGCGCUGGGCCCGGCCGGGGGGCGGGGGCUGCGAGGGGAGCAGCCCGCGCUGGCGGCGGCCGCCCGGGCGCAGCGCGAUGGGGAGCCCCCGGGCCGCGCUGCUCCUGCUGCUCCUGCGCCCGGUCAAGCUGCUGCGGAGGCGCUUCCGGCUGCUGCUGGCGCUCGCCCUGGUGUCGCUGGGGCUCUGGACUCUUUAUCUGGAACUGGUGGCGUCGGCCCAGGUCGGCGGGAACCCCCUGAACCGCAGGUAUGGCAGCUGGAGAGAACUGGCCAAGGCCCUGGCCAGCAGGAACAUUCCAGCUGUGGAUCCAAAUCUCCAGUUCUACCAUCCCCAGAGGCUGGGCCUCAAGGACCAAGACUUUGAGCGAGGAGGGAGCAGUAACAGCAGCUACCUGAAGUGGAAUAAGCCUGUCCCCUGGCUCUCAGAGUUCCGGGGCCACGUCAACCUGCAUGUGUUUGAAGACUGGUGUGGCAGUUCCGUCCAGCAGCUCAGGAGGAACCUCCACUUCCCACUGUACCCCCAUAUCCGCACAACCCUGAGGAAGCUGGCCGUGUCCCCCAAAUGGACCAACUAUGGCCUCCGCAUCUUUGGCUACCUGCACCCCUUCACCGAUGGGAAAAUCCAGUUUGCCAUUGCUGCAGAUGACAACGCUGAAUUCUGGCUGAGCCGUGACGACCAGGUCUCAGGCCUUCAGCUGCUGGCCAGCGUGGGCAAGACUGGAAAAGAGUGGACUGCCCCUGGAGAGUUUGGGAAAUUUUGGAGUCAAAUUUCCAAGCCAGUGAGCCUGUCGGCCUCCCAAAGGUACUACUUUGAGGUGCUGCACAAGCAGAACGACGAGGGCACUGAUCACGUGGAAGUCGCGUGGCGGCGGAAUGACCCUGGAGCCAAGUUCACCCUCAUCGACUCCCCUUCCCUGUCCCUCUUCACAAAUGAGACGCUGCUAAGGAUGGAUGAGGUGGGCCACAUCCCACAGACAGCAGCCAGCCAUGUAGGCUCCUCAGACUCUCUUCCCAGAGAUGAGCAGCCCCCUGCUGACAUGCUGCGGCCUGACCCUCGGGACGCCCUUUAUCGAGGACAAGAAAUAGAACUAGAACCCAGGAGACCCUUGUGUGUUCCUCAGCAGUUACAUGUAUCACCGUUUCUUACUGGAUUCCAACUCUUGUCAUCUGUGCCUCUGAUCCCCAAGUCUCAUCUCCGCCAUGUCCUGCCUGAUUGUCCCUACAAACCCAGCUACCUGGUGGAUGGGCUCCCUCUGCAGCGCUACCAGGGACUCCGGUUUGUUCAUCUAUCCUUCGUUUACCCCAAUGACUAUACUCGCCUGAGCCACAUGGAGACCCAUAAUAAAUGCUUCUACCAGGAAAACACGUACUAUCAGGACAGGUUCAGCUUUCAGGAGUACAUCAAGCUUGACCAGCCUGAGAAGCAGGGGCCGGAGCAGCCAGGUUUUGAGGAAGCCUUUCUAGAAGAAUCUCAGUAUGGAGAAGCGGCAGAGGAGACCCUUGCCUCCAAUGACCAGAACGCCAGGAUGCCAGAGGGAAAACCAGUGCCUGCCUCCACCCCUGAGCAGGAGGCCACUGACUACCACCUCCGAAGCCUGCGGAAACUCCUGGCUCAGCCCUGGGAGGGUCCGCUGGCACCCUUUUCCAAGCAGAACUCCACAGCUCGCUUCCCAGUGAGGAUCAGCGACAUCCCCAUCCAACCACCAGAGAAGAGAGAAAGAAAACCCAUCCCUGAGCCCAGCCAAGAUCCACCUCAUUCUGACAAGUGGCCCCCUGGGCACCUGGCAGGGAACCUGCCUCAAGUUAAGCAUCCCAGGCUCGCUGAUGACAGCCCCAGGAAAACUCUAGGGCAGUCCCAAUGGCUGAAUCAAGUUGAGUCGUAUAUUGCAGAGCAGAGAAGGGGUGACAGGAUGGAGCCUCUGGCCCCCAGGAGGGGUUGGCAUGGGGAGGAGGAGGUGGUAGCAGCUGCAGGCCAGGGAGGACAAGUGGAAGGAGAGGAAGAGGCAGAGGAAGAGGAUGUGGGUGAGGUGUUUGAAUAUGUGCCCGUGUUUGACCCAGUGGUAAACUGGGACCAGACCUUCAGUGCCCGGAACCUCGACUUCCAAGCCCUGCGGACUGACUGGAUUGAUCUGAACUGUAACACGUCUGGCAACCUGCUGCUUCCAGAGCAGGAGGCUCUCGAGGUCACACGGGUCUUCUUGAAGAAGCUCAACCAGAGGAGCCGGGGGAGGUAUCAGCUACAGCGCGUUGUGAAUGUGGAGAAGCGUCAGGACCAGCUACGUGGGGGGCGCUACCUCCUGGAGCUUGAGCUGCUGGACCAAGGCCAGCGCCUGGUGAGACUCUCUGAGUACGUGUCUACGCGAGGCUGGCAGGGCAUCGAUCCAGCAGGCAGGGAAGAGCCCGAGUCCCGGAACCUGCAGGGCCUGGUUUGGAGUCCACACAACCACCGGAGACAGGUCCUGAAUGUCCGCGCCCCAGAGCCCAAGCUUUGCUGGCCCCAGGGCUUCUCCUGGAAUCACCGAGCCGUGGUCCACUUCAUCGUGCCUGUAAAGAACCAGGCGCGCUGGGUACAGCAAUUCAUCAGAGACAUGGAAAAGCUGUUCCGGGUCACUGGUGACCCACAUUUCAACAUCAUCAUCACUGACUAUAGCAGUGAGGACAUGGAUGUCGAGAUGGCCCUGAAGAGGUCCAGGCUGCGGAGCUACCAGUACAUGAAGCUAAGUGGAAACUUCGAGCGCUCGGCUGGACUUCAGGCUGGCAUAGACCUGGUGAAGGACCCGCACAGCAUCAUCUUCCUCUGUGACCUCCAUAUCCACUUCCCAGCUGGCGUCAUCGAUACCAUCCGGAAGCACUGUGUGGAGGGCAAGAUGGCCUUUGCCCCCAUGGUGAUGAGGCUGCAUUGCGGGGCCACCCCCCAGUGGCCUGAGGGCUACUGGGAGGUGAAUGGAUUUGGACUGCUCGGCAUCUACAAAUCAGACCUGGACAGGAUUGGGGGCAUGAACACCAGGGAGUUCCGAGACCGCUGGGGCGGGGAAGACUGGGAGCUGCUGGACAGGAUCCUCCAAGCGGGCCUGGAAGUGGAACGUCUCUCCCUCAGGAAUUUCUUCCAUCACUUCCAUUCCAAGCGAGGCAUGUGGAACCGCCGCCAGAUGAAGGUGCCGUAAUCCCGAGGCUUGGCCCGCUGGACCGACGGCUCCCUGCUCCUUGACUUGAGGUUGCUCCCCCAGUGCCCCGUCGCUGCUGGAGGAGGAGAGAGAAGGGGAGCAGAAGCCAUGGCUGGGCCCUGAGAGGCCUCAGAGCUAAUAAUACCCCCACUCUACCGGGAGUCACCUCACACAGAGACAGAUGCCGAGGCCCCUCUCUUCGCCUUCACUUUGGAACAGAGGCCAGGCCGGCCGCUUGCUCACUGUCAACAGAGAUGGAACAGCUCAGGGAGGGCAGCACGAUGAGGUCAAGGAAGGAAAGACCCGCUUGAGCGAUACCGUCCUAAUCUGAGGUGCAUUCCAGCAGCCACCUGGUGCUCCGAGCAGGGAGCAGGGAGCAGGAACUGGAAACUCUUCCAUUGGACAGAUUUUAUUGGGGUUUUUAUUUUUUUAACAGAAAACCAAAACUGUAACUGUGCAGACCCAGCACUGACUGUGAGAGGGGGUGGAAGCAUGCAUUUAGGGAGUGUCCUACUUGCAUACCUCAUACCCACUCCUGUGUAGAGGUGUGUCCCCUGGUCCUUGACCUGGCAGCUGAUUUACAAUCAAAGGAGCAGUUCUCAGCUCUGCCCUAGGCUCGUGCCUUCCAGAGACACACACCUCUCUCCCAGGUAGCCACCGAACAGCUGGCCACCCAUUAGGGCAUUAACCUUACCCUCCAGGGGGCGCUAACUUCAUACCGACCAGAAACACAGAACUGGCAUCAUCUUGCUGGUGCCACAGCAGGGUUGGGAGACAGGGAAGUGGUGGGCCAUGGGCUUGUCCAUCCCCACUGUUUGGUAGAUAGCCUGUGCAGAACGGGCAAGGUGGAGAAGGCAGGGAAGAGAAGCCCUUUCCCAAACCAGCCCGCCUGUGAGCUCGGGCUGUGGGGACAAUAUGAAGCAGAGGAAAGAGGAUUAAAUUUAAGUAAUCCUUCGACUUAGUUGGGAGGGGGUGGGGGUCCAGCAGGAGGGGACAAAAAGGGAAGUGGGAAGCUGGAGUCCUUACAGCCCAGCUCGGCCACAGCUUUCCCUCCUGCAGGGAGAGCCCCGGCCGCAGCCUUGAGUGGAAGAAGAGGAAGGGUCAUGGGCGCAACGGAACCGUGAAACAGGGACCAGGGUAGGAAGGGGUAACAGGUUUGGGAGUGAGGGCAUCGCCCUGAGAUGUCUUCCCCAAGUGGAAGGGAGCAGGGGCCAGGAGGAACUGAAAAGUGAAGCCGUUUCAGGGAGAAGAGCCCUUGGCCUUUGUGGUCUAGGCCGCCGUGUCUGUCACCUGAUGAUCAUGCACUUAUCUUGCACUAAUAAUCCCCAGCUGCCUUUGCGGCUGGGGGUUUUCUACUGCUGCUGCUGCCACCUCUGCCGCCAAAUUCCUCAGUGGUGCAUUGGACGUGAGUCUUGAACUCCAGUGUCUGUUUAGGGAGGUCAGCACAGGGCUCCCUGCUGUGAGGAAGAGCUUAUGGUGGUGCAGCAGGGCCCAGGAGGCCACUCAGCUGAGCCCAAGCUCCAUGCUGUGGCAGGGUCCCAGUCACUGCAUUGGGAGCUGCAGGCUCUACCUGGUGGGCCCUGCACUCACCGAGAGCAUAAACUUGGCAUAUGAGAGAAUGGAGCCUGUUGAGAACUUUCUGGAGGUUGAAGAGAAUCCCUGCCUCCCUCUAAGAAGUCAAGGACAAAGACUUUUCAAUUACAGUCAUGUGCCGCAUAACGACGUUUUGGUCAACAACAGACCACGUGUAUGAUGGUGGUCCCAUAAGGUUAGUACCAUACAGCCUAGGUGUGUAGUAGGCUAUACCAUGUAGGUUUGUGUAAGUACACUCUAUGAUGUUUGCACAACGACGAAAUUGCCUAAAAACGCAUUUCUCAGAACAUAUCCCUGUGGUUAAGCGACACAUGACUGUAAUAGAUUGUGGCUUAUGGAUGCCAUACCUGCCUUGUGGGCUAUGGCUUUUUAUGGUCCCUACUCGGGCUUACUGCCUUUGGGAAAGGGUUGUGGGGAGUAGGCGAGAGCUGAAGUUGGCCGGCUAGGCUGUCAGCUUUCUUUCUGGGGCCACUCUCAUCCUUGGGCAUUGCACUGGAAGGCCCGAGCCAGCCCAAACAGCCCUCCCACUUCACUUUUUUUUUUUUUUUUUUUGUGAGGAGGACUAGCCCUGAGCUAACAUCUGAUGCCAAUCCUCCUCUUUUUUGCUGAGGAAGAUUGGCCCUGGGCUAACAUCUGUGCCCAUCUUCCUCUACUUGUUAUACGGGACGCUGCCACAGCAUGGCUUAACAAGCAGUAUGUCGCUGCAUACCCGGGAUCCGAACCUGUGAACCCUGGGCCGCCGAAGCGGAGCACGAGCACUUAACCGCUUGCGCCACUGGGCCAGCCCCCCACUUCACUUCUCUUGAUGUCAGGAGCCAGCCCAGCCUCCCUGCCCUGCCCACCACCCCCUCUGCCCCUGGCUGUGCCUUAUGUUUGAUGUUUGUUACCUCCACACCAUCUGCCUUAAGCUGGAGGGCCUGGCAUGGGCCCUACUCCGUAGGGAAAUGUCGAGGGUGGGGGGAGGGGAGAGGGAAAGUGUUAAAUAUAGCAUCUUAGAAAACAAAACAGAAUGGCUUCUGU